CAAUCAUGCAACAAGAAGGAGAAAUAGACAAUUUAGAUGACUUCGAUCAAGAUGAAGGAGAGACUGAGAAUUGGAACGAUAAUCUUCAAACAGAACAAAUGUUUCCUCCAGAAAUCAACGGGUUUGAGUCAGAACUUCAAAACACUGAAAGAAAGAUUAUCGGCGGUCGCAAAUCCGACAAGUCAUCGAAAUUAAAUUAAGAAAAAGGUAGCUCCACAUGAGAAUUCACCGGAGCUCAGCAGUGCUCAUCAAAGCGAGCUGACCAAGUCGAAGAAGAACAUAAACUCUAAUAGUAAAGGAAGCAAGAUGAGCAAGUCUUUGUUAACAUCUUCUCUACAUACCAAGAAUAACCCAAGCGAGGACCAGCUGCUUCCAGUGAGCAGGAAAGCUAAUAAAGAGGAGAAGUGAAAGAGACCUGAUUCAAAUCUCAGAAGGAGUAGGGCAAUUCUCCCCUGUAAGUUUGGAGAAACAGGAAUGAUCUCUCAGACUCCUCAAGGCUUUAGCCUAAAGAAAUUCAUGGAGGAGAACGAAAAGAAGAAUAAUGAAGUCACACAGAAAAUAGAAGCUGAGAAAUUAUCCACAGAGUCCGAUGAUGACCCAGAUCUUGAUCUCAGUUCGAAAAGGUUUUUAUGCAGAGUUCACGAUAAGAAGCGGAUAAGAUGGGAUCUCUUCAUAAUGCUAUGAGCUAUCUGGAAUAGUAUCCAGAUACCAUAUAGUAUUGCUUUCAGUCCUGAUUCAGAUGCAGGUGCAUUUAAUAUUGCAGUUAAUCUCAUAAUGGAUAGCUUUUUCAUUGUUGAUAUCAUAUUUAACUUCCGGACAACCUACCUUGAUCAAGAAAGUGGGAUAGAAGUUGGCUCUAGCAAUAAAAUAUGACUUCAGUAUAUAAAAGGAAGGUUCUGGAUAGAUCUGGUAUCAUCGCUCCCGACAGAUAUAAUCCUACUUGCAUUUAACCCUAGUAGCAACAUCGAGACGACUCUAAUUUUGCUCAAACUUCUGAAAUUAAUAAGACUUACCAGGCUAUCAAGAGUAAUCACAUAUCUUAACUUCAAGUCAAAUGUAAAAAUGUCGCUGAGGCUAUUCCAAUUGAUAUUCUUUCUCCUGCUCUAUUUCCACCUCAUAGCUUGCUUUUGGUUUUAUAUUGCUAGAGACAAUAAGAGGUGGAUCCCUCCGUAUGACGAGAACAAUGAGAAUAGCGAUAUCUAUGAGUCAGGUAGCUUCAGCCAGUAUCUGACCUCGAUAUACUACUCAAUUCUUCUCUUGGCUGGAAAUGACAUGAUGCCUCAAGGAGAGCAGCAGAUAAUCUUCCUCUCAAUUGCUCUCUUCGCUGCAGCUAUUAUAAACGCAAAUAUUUUCGGAAAUAUUGCUGUCUUGCUACAACAAAUUUACAGGAAAUCAGCUCAAUUUCAGGAGAAAGUGGAGAAUGCCACUUCAACCAUGAAGAACUUAAAUGUCCCUGAAAAUUUAUCCAAAAGGAUUCAGGAGUACCUUACUGAGACGCAGAGUACUCUUGAUCAACAAACGGAGUUUGAUAACUUCUUGAACAUCCUAUCUCCUAGCUUGCGGAUUGAAGUCACAAAACAUAUUUUCCAUGAAUCUCUACUGAGCAUGGAAGUCUUUGAUAAAAAUGAAGAUGUUAUCAAUUUGAUCAUCCAUGACCUCCACACAGUCCUAUAUUUCCCAGAAAACGAGAUUUGAAGGCAAGGCUCUUAUGGCAAAGAGCUCUACUUCCUCGCCAAAGGAGAAGUAGAUGUCUUUGUCAGAGAUGAGAAUCAGCAGAACAAGUUUAUACAAACCUUGAACCCAGGCGAGUACUUUGGAGAAGUAGCUCUUCUUAAAGAUUGUGCUCGUACAGCAACAGUCCGUAGUCAGGGUUACUCAACAUGUGCUUCCCUUGAUAGUCAAACUUUUGAGAAACUUCUUGAUACUUAUUCCUUCGUCAAGAAGACCAUGGAGAAGAAAAUCCAUGAAAAAUAUCAAGAUAGAUGGAGAAAAUUUGUAAAAAGGUCGCUGAGAAAUGUAGAGUUUUUGGAACAAAAAGUCCCUGAAGAUCUUAUCGAGGAACUCUCGUAUAAAAUGCAGUUUAAAAAUAUUUCAAAAACAGAUUAUCUGUUCAAAAGCGGCACUCCUUGCCGGAGCAUCAUCAUUAUUGUUAGCGGAAGAGUUGAAAUCUUGAUCAUGAACAACAAUAAUGGGAAUGAAAGUUAUCUUGACACACUAUACUCAGGAUGAACUAUUGGAUCAUACAGCGUUCUCAACAACGAUGACUAUUGUACAAGCUGUAAAGCACUAACAGAUGUGACGUACCUUACCCUUGAUUUUACAGUUCUUGAGCAAUUGAGAGUCAUAUUUGAAGAAUUAGAUGACAAUAUGUGUGAGUAUGAAGACUAUAUCGAAAACCAUCAACUGCCUUAUUGAGACUACAAAUUGCACAGAGGCAUAGAUUGGGAUAUCACACCCAUCCAGAAAUUCCAAAACGGCAUAAACAGGAUUAUCAGAAUAGUAAAGUCCUACAAAUCAAACACCUUCACAAAUCUCUUAAAGAAGGUCCAAGACAGAAUCAAAAAAGAGAGAAAUCUGAAAAUAAAAUAGGGUUAAAAACAAGAUUAUUAAAGCAAAUCCACAGAAUUUUGAAGAGAAGAUGGAGAAACUGAUACUCGAGCAAUCAAUUCAGUUACAAAAGUUGACAGAGAUUGUCACUAAGCAGACGACUGAGAUCACAAAACUACAGAAAUAUCAGCACUAUCAAUGCAACACUUGAGGUACAAUUAAUGGGAUGGAUAACUCAGACAUGAGGAUGUCAGCUGUUCAUCAUGUUGGGAUCUCCAAGACUCCUCAGCUACUCAAGCGUCAGAGUAUUACUCAAGAAAGGAGUGGCAGCUAUUCACACAAAAGGCUUGAAGCUAUUCGUGAGACCUCUAAUAGCAAGAGAAGGCAUACUUCAAAUAACCAGAUUAACAAGCUAAUCUUUAACAAUAAAAAGAAGAAUGAUAGUAUUAAUAGAGUUCAAGAGCCAUCUUCAGACAAUUCUCUUACAAGUUUCAAAAACUUAGGGGAUCCUGAAGAUUUUAAUGAAAUAAAGAAUUUAAUAAGUCCUCCGAUUGAAGGUUCCAGCAAAUUCCAGAUUCAUGAGAAGGAUAACCAGCAGAUAAAUGAUGACAACCCGAGCGAAUCUAAAAUUAUCAAACCUGAAGGGAUCUUGAGUAACCCUAGCUCUUUAACAAAGUCAAGACUUAGGACAUCUUUGCGGCCUGACUCUCACAACGAAAUUAGUGUUGAGGUCCCCGAAGAAGAGGAAAGCAUUUCUAGUGACAAAAGUAUCAAGAAGACACACCAAAAGAAACAAGAUGGGCCUGAGUUACCCAUACUAGGAUCUGGCUUACAGAGCAUCAACUCUAAGAACAAAUCGGAGAGGCGGAAUCCAGCCGUUGCAAUGAAUGCAGAAGAUGAGGCAAUGAAGAUAUUCAGUAGUUUUAACUCUGAUGUCCAAAGAGUGAAUCAUGAAACUGACUCCUUCAGGGAGAUUUUCUCUACCCCUGAGCCAAAGGACUAGCCCAUUUUAUUGCUCAAAUAUAUAAUUAAAUACCCUACCAACAUA